AAAAAGAAAAAAGCAUGAAAUCUAUACAAGGGUCCAGAUCGGGAAAUGAACAAUACAUCAAUGCUUCUGAUUAUGUAAUCCGGCUUGAUUAUUGUAUAUUUAACAAUAACCGUAAAGGCAUAGGAUUGUAUUUAUCGUGUGCAUGUUGCUCCUUUAUUUUUCUACAUAAAUCGCGUGCUAAUUAUAAUUGUCUGCAAACUUCUUGGUCAUUUUCUUUUAGUAAUGGUCUUUAUUAAGUUCGGUGUAACUGUUUGUUGUGAGUCUGAUGUUAAAUUACGCAUUUUGGGGUCAAAAAAGUGUAUCACUUUUUUCUCGAACACUAUAUAAAGGGCUCCAUAAUACACAAAACCAACUUUUUUCUUUUACUUUUGUGAACAAUAAUAAUAAUAAAACCCCCCUCCCUUCUCUUUUUCUUGCAGAAAAAAAUCAUGUCAAUGAAUGAUAUUCAAAGAAUUCUUUCUCAAACACCUUACUGGAUAAACUUUGAACAAAGCUUGGCACUUGAGAAACCUGAAGAUACAGAUCGUAAAAGAUACGAGAAUUUGUCUUGGAGAUCAUGGCAUUGCAAACAACAAAAGCAUCAUAUUGUCCAGCCUCAAACAGGCCAUCAAAAGUUCUUUUUGUCUGUAGAACAUGACAGUGAAGAAGAGGAGGAAGAAGAAGACGAUUGCUCUUCCUCAUCUUCUUCUCUAUUUGAUGAAGACCAAGAAGAAUGGUACAAUCAACCCAUGAAAGAUGACUUGGUCUUUGAAAAGAUCCAUUGUGAUCGUCACUUGUAUCUGUCUGAAAUAAACAAAACUUCACUUUUGUCACAAAUGUUGCAGAACUCAGCCAACGACAAUCAACAAAACAAUUCACAGCAGCUCUUGAAACGUUGUCAAUCCAAGUAUCAAUGCUUAAAUCAAUGGUUCACAACAAGUGCUUAAUUCUGUUCAUAGCUCCUUUGUAUAUAUACCCUUUUUUCUUUUUCAUACCAUAUUCUGUACAAAAUAAAUCUCUUCCUGCUCAUUUAAUUUGCUUUAAAAAGAAACUAUUGUGCCUGAAUCAUAAAUAGCAGUAUACAAUGAAUGGCAUAUACUUAUCAAGCAGAAGGGGAAGAUAAUCAACUUGCAUCCCUUUCUUUGUCUCCCUUAUUCCUUCAUGACAUUAUCUUUAACUCCUUAUGUGAUAUACAUAAUUAAAAUAUAGUGGUACAAAAUAUAUAU